AUGGCUCCCUCGAAGAGAUACGAGUCCGACACUGCGGAUGCUUCGCCCUUGGGCAAGCCAUUGAAGUUCGAAUUCUCCGGCAAGACAGCCCCGAACCGCUUCCUCAAAGGCGCCAUGACCGAGCGUAUCUCGUCUUGGGACCCUAAGAACCUGGAGAAGCGAGGCGUUCCAUCCAAGAACUUGAUCAAUGUGUACAGGAGGUGGGGUGAGGGCGGAAUUGGCCUGAUUUUGACGGGCAACAUCAUGUAUGUGGACAAUGCCCUGUCGUUCCAAGAGGAUGUGUCUGACACUGCACAGGUUCGAAUACGAUCACCUCGAAGCUGCAGGAAACCCCAUCAUCCCCAAGGACGCUCCGUAUUCUGGCGAGAGGUUUGACGCGUUUAAAGAGAUGGCAUCGCUGGGAACGGCACACGGAAGCUUGAUGGUUGGUCAGGUCAGCCAUCCUGGAAGACAAGUUGAGAGCCGUAUCCAGCAGAACCCAGUCUCUGCUUCAGACGUCCAGCUUGAGGGAGAGAUUAUGGGAAUGAAGUUCGCAAAACCGCACGCUGCCUCUCUUGAUGAGAUCAAGGGUUUCAUCGAGGGAUGGGCACACAGCGCUGAGUACCUGGAGAAGGCCGGCUACGAUGGAAUCCAACUGCAUGGAGCCCACGGCUACCUCCUCGCUCAAUUCCUGUCUCCCACUACUAACCGCAGGUCCGAUCAAUACGGCGGUAGUCUGGAGAACCGCGCACGACUCAUCUUAGAAAUUGCCCAGGAGAUCCGAAAGAGGACCAAGCCUGACUUUAUUGUUGGCAUCAAGCUCAACAGCGUGGAGUUCCAGGACAAGGGAUUCAACCCAGAUGAGGCCAAGCAGAUCUGCGCUCUACUGGAACAGAACAAGUUUGACUUCGUCGAGCUGAGCGGUGGCACCUACGAGAAGCUUGCUUUCCACUCGCGCGACAGCACCAAGAAGAGAGAGGCGUUCUUCCUAGAAUUCGCGGACCUCAUUGCACCGGCUAUCAAUAAGACGAAGACAUACGUCACUGGCGGUCUGAAGACCGUAGGUGCCAUGGUCAAUGCUCUAAAUACCGUCGACGGUGUGGGCCUCGCGAGGCCGCUUUGUCAAGAGCCUCAUCUCUGCAAAGACAUCUUAGAGGGCAAGGUUGCGGGUGCCAUUGAGCAGAAGCUCGACCAGGACAAUUUUGGCAUCACCAACGUUGCUGCUGGCACACAAAUCCGACAAGUCGGCAAGGACCAGGAGCCCAUUGACCUCUCGCAAGAUGAGAAUGUGCAAGCAUUCAUGGCGGACAUGGGCACGUGGGGUGAGAAGAUGGCUAAGGACAGCGAGAUGGCUAACUACGGCUACAUCGACAUCACGAGCGCUACGGCAGUGCCAUACGGAACAGCAUCGGUCUAA